AUGGCAGCUCUUGACCGAGUGCUCAGGGCUCUUCUGGCCAGGAACCUCCGCCCCGGCGCCGAGCAGGGCCUGCUGCCCGCUGUGUGCGCCCUGAUUCAUGCCGGGAGCGGCUGGGCUGGCGGCGCUCAGCCGAGCCUGGGGCCGGGGACGGAAGGGGAAGGCGCAGCCCUGACUGGUUCACAGCCUCGGCAAGGCUCACCCCAGCUUCGGAGCUGCCGGGGAGGAGCCCCGGGUGAUGGCUUCCUCUCCAAAGGCCCCUUGAAAAGGUUCCCCUGGGGCCGGGAGGCAGCAGUCAUCUCUGAUGGGCAGGAAAUCCGCAGCUUUUCCUCCCGCCUGAAGAGAUCACGGCAAAUCCAGGUGCAGGAGCCCCUCAUGGAGCCCCCAGGCAAGCAGCCCCCGCAAGAGCCCCCCGGGGAAGAGUCCCCGCCUGAGGACUCGGGCCUCCAGACAGCACCCAGCACGCACAUUCUCUAUGUGGGCCACCUGAACCCCCAGUUCUCAGUGCCUGUGCUCACGUGCCUGCUACGGGACGCCCUGGAGCGGCUGGAGCUGCCGGUGGCACGCGAGCACAUCGAGGUGGUGAGGCGCCCACGGAAGGCCUGUGCACUGGUGCAGGUGGCCGCCCACGAGGCCACACUGGCCUCCCUCCCCUGGCGCCUGCAGACAGCCCUGGAGGAGCACCAGAUCCCCGAGGAGCUGGCGGCCCGUGGCAAGGAGCUGGUGCUGGCUGAGGGCCCGGGGCCCUGGAGCCGCCAGGCGCCCUCGCCCCAGCAGGAGAAGGACAGCGGCCCGAGCCCCCGCCCCAACCCCAGACCCACCCACGGCACCCCAGGGCGGACCCUGCGGAGGUCCCGGGGCCAGCCGGGUGGCACGCGCUCCGACAGCGCCAUCGUGCACCAGGAGAUCAUGGGCCAGGAGCGCCUCUUCCAGGGCGCCUUCCUGGGCAACGAGACACGCAGCGUGGAGUUCAAGCGCGGUGGCGGCGAGUACCUAAGCCUGGCCUUCAAGCACCACCUGCGGCGCUACGUGUGCGCCUUCCUCAACAGUGAGGGCGGCAGCCUGUUCGUGGGCGUCGAGGACAGCGGCCUGGUGCAGGGCGUGCGCUGCAGCCACCACGACGAGGACCGCGUACGCCUGCUGGUGGACUCCAUCCUGCAGGGCUUCCAGCCCCAGGUCUUCCCCGACGCCUACACACUCUCCUUCAUCCCGGUGGUCAGCACCUCCGCCUCCAGCACGCCGCUCAAGGUGAUCCGCCUGAGCGUGCAUGCCCCCAGGGCCCAGGCCGAGCCGCAGCUCUACGAGACCGACCAGGGGGAGGUGUUCCUUCGGCGGGAUGGGAGCAUCCAGGGCCCGCUGUCCGGCCACGCCAUCCAGGAGUGGUGCAGGCAGAAGUGGGCGGCCGAGCUGAGCAAGCUGGAGCAGAGGCUGAAGGUGCUGACGGCAGAGAAGGAGCGGCUCAGGCAGCAGCUGCAGCAGCCUGCGCCCGUCUCCUGCACCUGCUGCGUCCUGUGA